AUGGAUGUGUCUUCACAACAACCGCCCCUGACCUACCAGCUCGCUGCACCAGAGCCGUUUACGUUUGUACCAGAGCACUGGACAACGUGGAAAAGACGAUGGGAACGAUUCCGCACCGCCUCAGGUCUCCAUGCCAAGAACGCAGCCGAGCAAGUCAACUCCUUCGUGUACCUGAUGGGUCCCAAAGCCGAGGAGAUUUUCGCCACUCUACCAAUUCCUGCAGGAAAGAAGGAAUCGUACGCCGAUGUCGUCGCGGCGUUCGAAGGGUUUUUCAUUGUAAAGAAGAACGUGGUGUAUGAACGGGCUGUGUUCAACAGCCGCUCGCAACUCGAGGGAGAGCCGGCAGCGGACUUCAUCACUGCGCUGUAUGCGUUAGUUGAAACAUGUGAGUACGGCAACCUCAAAGACGAGCUUCUCAGGGAUCGAAUCGUGGUCGGAGUUCGAGACAAAAAACUGUCCACAAAGUUGCAAAUGGAGAGCGACCUGACCUUGGAACGAGCAGUACUGCUUACCAAGCAAACUGAAACCGUCGGGCGGCAGCAAGAGAAUCUCAAACACUCCGCCAACGCGGCGCCAGCUCAAACCGUCCAUGUUGACAGACUACAAGCGAAGUCAAAACAGACAAAGAAGAUCCAAGCCAAGGCUGUUUCAAGUUCAACGGAGGAACAUUCUAAAGCGACACAAUCAUGCUACUGGUGUGGGAAGCCAGGAAAACAUCCUAGGCCACAAUGCCCCGCAGCAAAAGCUCGAUGCAACAAGUGUGGCAAACCGGGUCAUUUUGCCUCAGUAUGCAAAGCCAAGCGGCUACGGCAGGUUGUUCAGCAGCCUCAAGGCACACAGAAUGAGGACGAAGUGUUCUUUGCUGGAGCAAUCACCACUGCUCAGAAGAAAAUGCCAUGGAAAGUUUCGGUCCUUGUUAAUGAUCAGGAUGUUACUUUCCGUCUGGACACCGGUGCUGAUGUCACUGUCGUACCAACUAACCUGCUAUCAAUACUAAAGAUAGAGUCUACCCUUGUGAAGCCAGACAUGGUCAUCCUCGGACCAGCUAGACAACGUCUGGAUGUCGUGGGAACUCUGCAUGCAACUGUUGCAUUUCAAGGUAAACGUGUUGAGGCAAACCUCUACGUCACAAAGGGCCUAGAUGAACCACUCCUUGGGUUGGACCUUAUCGAGAGUCUCGAUAUUCUGCGCCAAGUGAACGGAGCCUACGUAGGGCCGCUCCUGGAUCCAGUCGACGAGUACCCAGAGCUGUUUCAAGGCUUGGGACAAACACUCUACGAAUGCAAAAUCCGAUUGAAAUCCGAAAUUGAGCCCAUUACUGUGACAUCACCACGGCGCAUACCGGUUCCUUUGUUGAAGGCCGUAGAGAAUCAGCUCCUGAAGAUGGAAAGUGAAGGCGUUAUUACCAGAGUUGACGAACCAACUGACUGGUGCUCUCCCAUUGUAGUAGUGCCUAAAAAGAACGGGGAUGUGCGCAUAUGUGUGGACUACACAAAUCUCAACAAAUGUGUGCAACGAGAAUAUCACCCAAUUCCAAGUGUAGAACCGCUCCUCGCUACACUAGGACAAGCCCAGUAUUUUUCUCGCUUGGAUGCAUAUUCAGGGUUUUAUCAGUUCAACAGACUGCCCUUUGGUAUCUCUUGUGCUCCAGAGCACUUCCAGAGAAUGAUUCACCAGCUGACAGGAGGACUAGAUGGCAUUGUAUGCCACAUUGACGAUAUUCUAGUCUGGGGAAAAACCAGGGAGGAACACGACAACCGCCUACACGAAGUCUUGAAGAGACUAAAAGAGAAAGGGCUUACACUCAAUCGCAAAAAAUGUGUGUUUGCACAAGAAACAAUCACUUUUUUGGGGCAUGUGAUCAACAGAGAUGGGGUCACACCAGACCAGAGUAAGAUAGCUGCCAUCGUGGACAUGCCAGCACCUACAAAUGUCACUGAACUCAAGAGGUUCCUCGGAAUGGUUAACUUCAUCGCACGUUUCAUACCAAACCUGGCAGCCAAGACUGCCCCGUUAAGGGAACUGCUUCGCAAGGAUGUCUCAUUUACUUGGGACUGUGCUCAACAACAUGCAUUUGAAGAAGUAAAAAACUGGCUCAUGUCACCACCUGUUCUGGCACUGUACUGUCCAAUGAAAGCAACAAUACUAUCAGCCGAUGCUUCAAGUUAUGGCCUUGGAGCAGUCCUCAUGCAGCGACAAGAGGACAAAAGUUUGCGGGUCGUUGCCUACGCAUCCAAGUCACUCACGGAGGCAGAAGGUGGUUACUCUCAAAUAGAAAAGGAAGCCCUUGCAGUCACAUGGGCGUGUGAGAAAUUCAAAGACUACGUGGUCGGAUUGAAGUUUCACAUAGAAACAGAUCACAAGCCACUUAUUUCUCUGUUCACCAGGAAACCAGUAGAUGACCUCACACCGCGCCUUCAACGCUUACGUCUCAGGAUGAUGCGCUUCGACUAUACAAUGCAACAUGUGCCAGGCAAAGACCUCGUAGUUGCAGAUACAUUGUCCAGACAACCACUCCCCGAACAAGAAAAUGCACAUCUCGCGGAGGAAGUUGCAGAAUUUGAAGAGGCUCUUAUCCGUCACGUACGUGUCCCAGAUGUAAGUCAUCAGAGACUUUUGCAAGCGCAAAACCAGGACGCCGUGUGCAAAACUUUGCGUACAUAUCUCCAGACUACCUGGCCAGACACAAAGUCACAAGUGUGUGAGGACUGCUUACCAUACUGGCAGUUCAGAAAUGAACUUACUUUGCAUGAAGGAAUUCUGAUGAGAGGACAGAGAUUCCUCAUACCUGCAGCAUUGCGUCCUUCAGUACUUAGCUCUCUCCACGACGGACACGAGGGCAUAGUCAAAUGCAAAAGGCGAGCCAAAGAGUCCUGCUGGUGGCCAGGCAUAUCGCAUGAUAUAGUUGACAUGGUGGAGAAAUGUGUGAGUUGCAUGAAGCAAAGACUGCCUCGGAGCCAACCUCUUAUUUCAACUCCUUUCCCUGACCGCCCAUGGCAAAGGGUGGCAAUGGAUCUUUUUUAUGCCAAUGGGAAGAACUACUUGUUAGUAACGGACUACUACUCCCGCUACAUCGAAAUCGCUCUUCUGGAGAACCAGAGGCCGGAGACAGUCAUCCUUAAGUCAAAGUCGAUUUUUGCGAGACAUGGGAUUCCGGAAACGGUGGUCACGGACAACGGGCCACAGUUUCGCUCAGAGUUCACCAUUUUUGCCAAGGAUUGGGGUUUUGCCCACACCACUUCGAGCCCCAAAUAUCCACAGAGUAAUGGUUGCGCUGAAGCAGCGGUAAAAAUCGCGAAAGCGAAGAUCUCGAAAUCGUCUGACCCUUACAGAGCACUCCUAGCGUAUCGAGCAACGCCCCUGGCCAAUGGUUUCAGCCCUGCUGAACUGCUGUUCAACAGACGGUUGCGCACACAUGUACCUAUCGCGGCGGAGCUGCUGCUACCAUCUGUGCCCGAUGCUGAUCAGCUGAGCGCAUUUGAAGGCGAAAGAAGAAAGCGUCAAGAAAUAAAUUUCAACAGGCGACAUUCUGUCCGAGAACGUGAGGAGUUCCAACCUCAGCAGAAGGUCUGGGUAACUGACCUCAAACGCCACGGAACGAUAUUGAGUGUGGCUGACACUCCUCGGUCCUACUGGGUUAUCACCGAUCAGGGCACCGUUCGCCGAAAUGCAAAGCACUUAGUGCUUGACCACCGAGGAAGCAGCAUUGACGAUGAUCAGCUGUCUGUUUCCAGUUUGCCCUGCGUUUCUCGUCCAAGUCCAUUCGAUGGGACAACCCCACAAACAGUAACGGAAGCGUCUGGACCUACGUCACGUUACGGAAGACAUCUGAAGCCACCAACCCGUUACGGGUACGGCCAGAGUUAA